ACUGUACACACAGGACAUCUAUAUCGGCUGAGACCCUCGGUUUUGGAAACUCUCUUCUCUCUCUGUCUCAAUACCUCUUCAACUCCAUUCGGACAAGCUCAUUUUUUUUCUCUCUUCCUCUCUCGUUCUCUCUUUUCCUACCUAAUUGCACGUUUUGUGGAGAUGAUGUCAACCAAGAUUCUGUGGCUCCUCUCUCUCUGGCUGUGUAUGCCCUUGGCCCAGGGCCGUAUCUGGGCCUGGAUGCUCAACAUGCCCCACAGUCCCCCCAAGAAAGGACCCAUGGCUCUUAUGGAGAGCACCCCUCCAGUCAACACCAAAGGAUCCUCGGGUGUGUGUGACCAUGACCGCGCCUGUGGUCGAAGCUUCUCCUGUGACCGUCACUUUGGCCUGUGUUUUCCUCUCCGUGGGGAGGGCCAGUACUGCAGGAGAGAUGCCCAGUGUGUCCGAGGACUCAGCUGCAUGUUUGGGAAGUGCCACCGGCGCAUUUCUGAGGGACAAGAGGGUGCUAGGUGUAAAGUAGACAGGGACUGCGGCGAGUCUAUGUGCUGUGCCCGUCAUCACGGUGAGCAGUUGUGCAAGCGGCGUCUGCUGCGAGAUGAGAGCUGCUUCGUUCCCGAAGGUGGCCUAGCGUUCAGCAUCAACCAGAUCUGCCCAUGUGAUGAAGGCCUGCUCUGUCGUGGCGCUGUUGAGCCCAAAUGGAGAGAACAACAGAUGUCACGCCACAUGCCCUGCAGAAGACAGAAGUCACGCCACAACCCCUCCAGACUUAAGAAGGCAUGCCAAAACCCCUCCGGACGUCAUAGGUCACGCCACAACUCUUCCAGAAAACAGAGGUCAUGCUACAAGCCCCCCAGAUGUCAGAAUUCACUCGACAACCCCUCCAGGUGUCAGAGGUCACGCCACAUCCCCGCCAGACGUCAGAGUUCAUGCCACAACCCCUCCAGAUGUGAAUGGUCAUGCCACAACCCCUCCAGAUGUCAGAAGUCCUUCCACAACCCCCCACCCCCCACCCGGACAUCAGAGGUCACACCACAACCCCUCCAGACAUUGGAGUUCACGCCACAACCCAUCCAGAUGUCAAAGGUCAAGCCACAACCCCUCCAGACAUUGGAGUUCACGCCACAACCCAUCCAGACGUCAAAGGUCAAGCCACAACCCCUCCAGACAUUGUAG